CUUGGCUUCUAAGCAGGCUGUAGGCAACGAAGUCCGACGCAACACGCCAGAGUGGCCUGACACCAUGUCCGGCGUUGAGGUACUUAGUCUCAUCUCCAGCAUUAUCGCCAUCCUAGACGCCUCGCUUGCGACCUACGCGGCUGUCAAGAGCGCGUCCGGCCUACCCCCGUCAUUCCAGGACGUCAGUCUACGACUCCCUCUCAUUAGGGACACCUUAAAGGCUGCAUGGGGCAGCCUGGCCCAAGAUACCCAAUCUCAUGAGGACGAGACCAGCCUCCAGGCUGUACUUGAGGGUUGUAAGGACAAAGUCUCAGCCCUCGACCAGGUUUUCCGGAGCGUCAUUACUUCAGAUUCGGACUCGAGGCUGGAGAGAUAUCUCAAAGCUCUGAAUACAAUACCGAAAGCAGACAAAGUUGAAAAUCUGGCCGCUGGCAUCCUUGCCGAUCUGCAAGUCCUGGCUGGCAAUUUCGUCAUCAAGGCAGCGACUAGGGAACAAAUGAGAAGUUUGAUCGCGACAGCGAAAGAGGACGACGGAAACAAGCUGCCUUCUUUAACUGCGAAUAAUAUCGGGUCGGGAUCACAGUAUGUUCAUAUGGGAAAUGGCAAUCAGAACGUCUCAACUGAGUCGGGUGUACAAAUCAAUGGUUCGUCCACAGGGCCAUUUUACUUCGGAAUAGACUAG